AUGUGGCUUCCAGGUAUCGAUUUGACUGAUCCAAUACAUGCUAUCGGUUGGCAUUGGGAUUCAGGUAUCGGAAAAAAGGCAGCCCUUUCAUUUUUGUCUGAUCUUAAAGAACUUAGUCGCAAUAGUAGUCAAUAUCUAAAAUAUCUAAAUAAUUAUCUAAAUAACACACAAGCCAAACUUCCAGCAGCUUUCUCCGAUAUAUUCUACAUUCCUCAGCGCAUGAUUGCAGAUUGGCUGGUUGUGACAAAACUCAUAUUCAAGUAUCAAAUUUUUCCAGAAAUCGGCUUUCCACUUGCUGCUAUGGUGUUGUCUUCUUCUAAGAAUGACUUAGUUGCUCUGCGUGGUGAAAACUGGAAUAAAUUAAGCCCUAACGAUACAAUAAACAUCGAUCCCCAACUCGCUUAUUAUCAUCGCAUCGAUCAUACAUCGCGUUUACAUCAACAAUUUAUUGAAUUUGUUGUCAAUAAAACUAUUUUGUUGUCACUUUCUCAUCGUGGAAAAUAA